UACAGCUAAAAAGAACACAAACUCUAUUUUUUCUUGCGACAUAUGUACUUUUUUCUUUUUCUUUUCUUUUUUUUUUCAAAAAUCGGCCUCUGUCUCUCCCUCCUGGUUUUUUUUUUUCUUUUUUCCGCCUCAGCAGACGGCAUAUGCACGCCUUCAGCAAGACGACCCACUUUUAGGCUGAAUAGACUAUUCUGCUGCUCCCUCUGUGUCAUCACUGUGUUUACCACGGAGGUCUGAAGCUCAAGCUCAUAUCCCAACUCCCUAGUUUACACCUUAUUUACGAUUCCAGCACACUAGGUGAACAUGUAGAGAUGGAUUUUAUGAAGCUGUUUGGCACUGUUAUCGCCGUUUUGUUCCAGCCUGGCUCCACUUCUAAACUUAAUGGGCAAAGAAUAUGCCGGAGCGGGACACAGCGUCCGUGUUACAAGGCGUCCUACAUCCACGACAGCAGGCGAAGGCUGACCUUUGAGGAUGCCAGACAGGCCUGCAGGUUGGACGGAGGCGAGCUGCUAAGCAUCGAGACGGAAAGUGAGCAGCAACUGAUAGAGAGGUACAUACAAAAGCUGACCAAUAGAGAUGGCGACUUCUGGAUCGGGCUCCGUCGCAACCCGCAACGUUACAGCGUCGGGACGUCAAGCCCAGGUUGCCCCUCGCAGUAUUACUGGCUGGAUGGAAGCAAGGCUAAGUUCAGGAACUGGCACUGGGACGAGCCAUCGUGCGGUAAGGAAAUGUGCGUAGUUUUGUAUCACCAGCCCUCUGAAACACCUGAGGGUCGUUUCCUGUUCCAGUGGAAUGAUGAAAACUGCAGCUCCAAGAACAACUUUGUCUGCAAAUACGCAGAAGAAAAAGUACCAGUAUUUACUGAGGACAGAAACACAGCACAUGCAGUUCCAUCUUUGAUUCCAAGCAUACUGUCAACCACAGAAAGUAAUGAAAGGAUAAAAAUAGCACUACCUGAAUCCUCUGUAUCUUUCUCUGGCAACACCCUCGACAUUUCCUACAUCCUUUAUGCGACUAUCCCUGCGCUACUGUUGCUGUUGUUUGCAGCUGUUGGUUUCUUUUGCUACAAACAGCAUGCUAAGAGGAGGAAGACAGAAACAGAAAGCUAUCCCAGCAGAUCAAAACAGUGGGUGCUAGCAACAGCUUCAUCUUGCCCUGUGCAAGGACCUUAUGCCUACAGUGACAUUACCAAACUGCCUCACACUGCUCUGGACAGCAGGAUAGCAGCAGAAAUCAUGACAAAGUACUCCGGUUCUCCGUCCCAUGACUCCCUGUGCAACGAUUAUGAGAAUGUGUCGUGUGUGGACAAUGAGAGCGGCUUUGUCACCAAUGACAUUUACGAGCCCUGCAGAGCUCAAAGCCGGCGCUGCCGCAGUCAGACUGGAUGGGUGGAAAAUGAGAUCUAUGGAUAACACCGGUGUUUGCAAAUGUCCGUCAACCACAGACAGACUACAGUUACACUGUGCGGUGCAGGAUUUCUAAACAGCUUGGCCAUAUCUGUACAGGUUUCACUCAAUUUUCUAGUCCUGCAUGUAGAAUGUACUGUCUGCAAAUCAGUGUAUUCCAUAAAACAGGGGUUCUUAAUGUUUUGUCCAUGACUUGGUAUUCACGUACACAUGACUUUAUAUUUCUGAUGUUUUAAUAAAAAUGUGUUACAGUCAGA